CACUACGUCUGGCUCAGACAGUUUUGACUUAGUCUUCGAGUGUGCACAAUUUAACAGCUAAGCCCAAGUGAUUAUUGUUCUUGUAAAAUGUUGAGAUUUUCGGUGUUUGCGGUGCUUUUUGUCACUGCUACAUGCAACUAUGGAGAUCAUGUUCAUUGGAAUUGGAACAGUGACGACUUUUCUGGGAGGUCGGAUGAAAGUAGGGAACCUCUGAGUCCAGAUUUUCAGGAUCCGGCGACGUUGGACUCCAAUCCUCUACCUGGAGGCGUCGUGGACAUUGACGCAAACAGACCUAACUUUCCAUUCGCCCCAUUCAAUGGACAAUUCGGCUUAGGUUUGGGAAAUACUGAUGGAAAUCAGUUCUUGGGAAUCGGAGGAUACUUCAACUUCGCACCUAGCCAACCUUGGUGGAAAGGAGAGAACGUUUGCGUGGAGCGCAUCGAAACGACCGAUGAUGAUGAUAACACGGACGAGGGUAAAAAGAACACAACAGAAGAAAGGUCUUUCGUUUCAACACUCACCAGAUACAGCUGUGUUUCUACCGAUCACAAGCACGAAUGUAUUACAAAAUUGAACAAUCAUGGCAGUUUGAAAACUUUAAUUGUUCGUUACAAAUGCUGCCAUGGAUAUGGCAAGAGAUAUGGCUCAAAUGGAUGCAAUAUGAAAAUGGAUUUGAAAUCACUUAACGAGACUUUGGUUGAACUCAAGGGAAAUGUUUUCAAAGAUCUUUUGGACGACUCUGACUACUACGAAAGCUCCAAUUAUACUAUUUUCAUGCCCAACGAUGAUACUAUUGGAUCUUUCGAAGAGGAACAAAAUAGCGUUACUCAUCAGCCUGAAUCAAAGAGCAUCAAAGGAAAUGAUUUGGCUAAAAGUCACAUUGUUAAAGGCUUGUACAAUAUUCACGAUUUAGAAAACGAAGAGCUUUUGGAAACUGAAUACCAAGACACAAAGAUCAGAAUUAAUCAAUAUUAUGGUAUGACUUGGGCGAAUUGCAUCAAAGUGUCGAAAGCUAACAACAUGGGAAAGAACUCUAUCGUUCAUAUCAUCGACGAGGUGAUGAAACCAGUAACAAAAAGCGUCACCGAAAUAAUCGAAAAUAAUCCAAAUCUCUCAUCAUUCUGGAAAAUGAUGGAAUCUGUAAAUGUUACUAAAUACAUCAGGGAAGAUGGACACUACACAAUCUUUGCACCAACAAAUGAAGCUUUCGAUAAAUUGAAAGACAAAGAUAUGUUGGUGAAUGGAAACGCGUGCGCUAGAAAUGUCCUGAGGCACCAUAUGAUCAGAAACACGAUUUGUUCGAGUUUCAUUAUCGAAAAUGCCACUGCCGUAAAUUUGGAUGGAAAUAACUUGUUGAUACAGAGGAGCGCCUGGGGACUUUCUUUGGAAAAGAUCGCAAAGAUCGUGAAGACCGAUAUUAUGGGUACAAAUGGAGUAAUUCAUUUGAUCGAUGUCGUCUUGAUUCCAGAAAACGCAUUAUACGCAAACGAAGCUCUGAAACGCAACAACUACACGAAAUUCCAGGAAUUGAUUGCAAAGGCCGGGUAUGAUACGGAAAUUGAUAAAGCCACAAACAUCACCAUUUUUGCAUUGAGCGACGAGACUCUUGCUAAACCGGAGUCGAAAAAAAUUCUGGAUGAAAUAAAGGACGAUCAAGAUAAAUUACGCGCAUUCAUCGAUUAUCACAUCGUCGAUGGAAAAUUGACUAUCGACAAUCUCGGCAAUGACGUGAUGUUGAACACUAAACUGAAGGACUCUUCUCUGAGAUUAAACUUAUAUUCAACUGUAAGUGCUCGCGUACGCUUGAACAGCAUCGAAUCCUGCAGCUCGGUGAUCCACGAAGUCAAGAGACCGCUGGUACCGGCCACGAAAACCAUUUUGGAAAUCCUGAAAGACGAUGGAAACUACUCGCAUCUUUUAUCCAUAAUUAACGGAACCGAAAUCGAGGAAAUUCUUUCGGACACCAACAGAUCCAUCACAUUGGUGGCACCUGACGAUAGCGCUUUCGAAAGCAUCGCCAAAGCGGAUAUGACCACUUUGUUGGAAGAUCAACAGAAGGCUGUUCAAAUUAUGAAAGAUCACAUUUUGACUGAGGUUCUUUGCUGUGACGGAAUCGGUUUCCCGCAUUUAGGAUUCAAUUCGUUCGUGCCGACUUUGGGUUCAUCUCAGCAGAAGAUCAGCAACAACGGAAACCAUAUUCGCAUCGGCAGCAGAGGUUUCGUGAAGAAAUGCGAUGAUCUGGCUGUGAACGGCGUGGUGCAGACCAUCAAUGCCGUUUUGUAUCCGCAACGUUACUCGCACGCAACGUUGGGAUCCUACUUCUUUAACUUAUAAAUUAAGAACGAAUUUUAACGAGAACUGAAUCAAUAUUAAUUAAGUGUUAAAUUAUAUAAGCAAGGCUCAGUGAAUCUU